AUGUUCAAUAUCACUGCAUCGUGCUGCUCGACUCGAGGCAUCAAAGGUGCAGACAGGAACAAGGAACCCUCCAAGGCAAGAACCAGAGUAUAUCUUCGACAACACAAGGAAGCAAUAGCUGCAAGGUCAAGAAUCUAUUAUCAGCAAAACAAGGAGAAGAUCAAGACUAGGCGUCUUGAGCAACGACCCAUCAGAGUCGAACGUUGGAAGGUUAAGCGUACCGAGCAACUAGAAGAGUCAAUACUCUACUAUGUACAACACAAGGAAGAGAUCCUGGCUUUGCGGGAGGCCAAUCGUCUCGAAACUGCCAAAAAGCGAAACGCCCAUUAUGAACGACACAAGGAAGCGCUCAAAGAAGUAGCAAGAAUCUGUCUUGAGCAACACAAGGAAAAGAUCAGCGCCAGGAGGAAGAUGAAAUAUUGGAAGCAGAAAGAGACUGCUGUCGCACAGCCCACGCUGGAUUUUGAACAACACAAGAAAGAGAUACGACGUCUGCUCAACAAGAAGCACGACUCUGAUACUCGAAAGCGAUUUGCCGAACGCCAGAGAGAACUUCGUGCGGCUGAUCCCAGUCUCGAGCGACGCAUGAGUAUGAGACGCUGGCUAGUACAAUGCGCAGAACGAGAAGCUUUUGCUUGGAAGACACACAUACCGGUUGUGUAUCCUGAAGAACUUGACAAGACUUGCAGUGCGUGCAGCAAAUCAAGGAUCGGAGGUUUCAAAUUCUGUAAGUUUCUGACCGCAUGCAUUAGGGACGCUAUUGCUCGUAACUUUGUCAUGGCGUGA